ACAGGAAAGACCCUACUAGCUCGUGCUAUUGCAGGGGAAGCCAGUGUUCCAUUCAUCUCAAUAGCAGGACCUGAUUUUGUAGAAAUGUUUGCAGGUGUUGGGUCAGCUCGUGUGAGGGAUCUGUUUGAUCAAGCUAGAAAAAGUGCUCCAUGUAUAUUGUAUGUUGAUGAGAUUGACGCUGUAGGAAGAUCAAGACAAUCUGGAGCUUCUGUUGAAGGGACGAGCGAGCAGGAGAACACUCUUAACCAGCUCCUUGUUGAAAUGGAUGGUAUCAAUCCAUUGGAGGGUGUGGUUGUACUGGCAUCCACAAAUCGUGUUGAUAUAUUAGAUCAAGCGUUAUUGAGGCCUGGUAGGUUCGAUCGUCAGAUCUCUAUUGAUUUGCCGACACUUCCCGAGAGGAAGGCAAUCUUUGAAGUUUACUUGAAAAAGAUUUUACUCGAGAAAUCUUUCGAGGAAUACUCUGGAAGGCUGGCUGCUCUUACUCCAGGGCAUAGUGGUGCCGAUAUAGCUAAUGUUGUGAAUGAGGCUGCCCUUCAUGCAGCGAGAGAACAGGGUUCAAAGGUCACCGAGGAUGAUUUUGAGUAUGCUAUAGAGAGAGUUAUAGCUGGAAUGCAGAAGAAGAACUCUGCUCUUAGCUCAGAGGAAAGGGAAGUGAUUGCCUAUCACGAGGCUGGCCACACUAUUGUUGGUUGGUUAUUAGAACACACCGAUCCUGUAUUGAAGGUUUCUAUAGUUCCACGUACCAAAGGAAUCCUUGGGUUUGCCCAGUACCUUCCAAUGGAACAGCGACUCCACACCAAAGAACAACUUUUUGAUCGAAUGACACUCGCUCUUGGCGGGAGGGCAGCUGAGGCUAUUACUUUCCGUCGAAUAACAACUGGUGCUCAAGAUGAUUUAUUGAAGGUUACUGAUAUGGCAUAUAAACAGAUUAGUGAAUAUGGAAUGAGUACAAAGAUUGGAAACAUUUCUCUGCCAGUGACUCGCCCUUUGGAGCCAUCAAAAAGAUUCUAUAGCAACAAACUAGCAAAAGAGAUUGAUGAUGUUAGUAUAUUAGGGAUGGGAUCAAAGUCCCUAUACAAUACAGUGUAUUUUGUCAAAAAUGACUAG